ACAGCCGCGCCCCUCGGUGCCGAUUGGUCCUGGCAGCGAGAGGCGGGCGGGGAUUGGCCAGGGGAUGGGGCGGCACGCGGGGAAGUGAAUGAAUGGGGUGCUCGGCUGUGGCGGGACCCCGGCACGGCUGCGCGAAGCGGGUCCGGGAGAGCAGCGAGCACCAGGCGGAGCCGCCACCGCCAGGUCUGUGCGAGGGGCCGUGGGCGCGGGGCGGCGGUGGAGCGAAAUUAGAUCACGGCGGGGCCCAGCGCCCCUGGGCAGGGCGGGACCGGACUUGCGUGUCCCGGCCCGAGCCGGGGCGUCUCCCGCGUUCCCGGGCGGCCCCGCCUGCGCGGCUGGCCCCCUGCCCGGCGUCCCGGACCGCCCUUCCCCCGACGGCCCCCCGUCCUCACUGGGCAUCCGCGCCGGUCCGAGGCGGACCGGAUCUGGGGGCGAGACCGGAGCCUGAGGAGGACUGUUCGGUACCCGCCACGGCCAGAGCCAUGGGCACUCCAGCCUCGGUGGUGAGCGACUCUCCAGGACGGGCGGCGCACCCAGCCCGCGCCCGUAAGCGGGCCUCGGCCAACAUCUUCCAGGGCGUGGGGCUACGAGAGCUGCGGAGCCUGUUCCGGAGCGGCGGGGCCGAGCGGCCUGAGGAGCGCGCCCACCUGGUCUGGCGGUACGCGGGCCAGCGGCGCAUGGCACGGGCCCUGCGGCGGCUUCGGCGGCGGCGACGACCGGCCCAGCCCGGCGGUGGGGUAUGCAGCGCUACGGUGCUUCGAACACCUUCGGAUCGCGGAGAAGAAGCUGGAGCGUAACUGCGGGGGCGAGACGGGCUCGGGGUCCAUGUAGCAUCACCUACCGUGUAGUGCAGCUGUCCAAGGACCCUAAGUGUACUAAGCAGGGUGCAGUGAAUGGUUAAUAAAGGGUGGACAGUG